GUGAAGAAGCCGUGAGGGGAGCGGAGAAGCGGUCCGGCCUGGCCUGGCUUGGCUGCUCACGGCCCAGUGAUCAGGGAAAACAUGGCUACGGAUUGGCUUGGAAGCGUCGUUUCAAUCAGCUGUGGAGACAGCCUCGGAGUCUAUCAGGGAAGGGUGUCUGCCGUGGAUCAGGUCAGCCAGACAAUCUCCUUAACACGCCCUUUCCAUAAUGGAGUCAAAUGUUUGGUACCAGAGGUUACCUUCAGGGCAGGUGAUAUUACUGAGCUGAAGAUCCUGGAGAUUCCAGGCUCUGGUGAGAACGGUGACUUUCAGCACCCUGUCCUUGGUAUUGCUAGUGUUGGAUGCCCAGGGGGUGCCAGCCAGAAUGGCACUGGCAAAUUGCUGAAGAAACCCGGUUUGUCUAGCAGUGCUCCACAGAACAUUCCCAAGAGGACAGAUGUGAAAAGCCAGGAUGUUGCCAUUUCCCCACAGCAGCAGUGUUCCAAGAGCUACAUGGAUCGGCAUAUGGAAUCCUUGAAUCAGUCCAAAGGCUUCCGGCGAAGGCACAACUCGUGGUCCUCCAGUAGCCGUCAUCCGAACCAGGUGACUCCGAAGAAGAGUGGUGUGAAGAAUGGGCAGAUGAAGAACAAAGAUGACGAGUGUUUUGGGGAUGACAUUGAAGAAAUCCCAGAUACAGAUUUUGAUUUUGAAGGGAAUCUGGCGCUCUUUGACAAGGCAGCUGUGUUUGAGGAGAUUGAAACGUACGAGCGGAAGAGCGGCACUCGCUCGAGAGGCACGCCAAACGAGAGGUCUGCUCGCUAUCGCCACGACGAGAACAUCCUGGAGUCUGAGCCCAUAGUGUACCGAAGAAUCACUGUGCCUCAGGCAAGCAAAGAAUUCUGCACCGACUCUGGUCUGGUGGUUCCAAGCGUAUCUUAUGAGCUACACAAAAAGCUUCUUUCGGUGGCUGAGAAGCACGGGCUGACGCUUGAGCGGAGACUGGAAGUGACGGGGGUUUGUGCCAGCCAGAUGGCCCUCAGUCUACUCGGAGGGCCCAACAGGUUGAAUCCUAAAAACAUUCACCAGCGACCCACGGUUGCCUUGCUGUGUGGCCCCCAUGUGAAGGGGGCACAGGGGAUCAGUUGUGGCCGGCAUCUUUCCAAUCACGAUGUCCAUGUCAUUCUCUUCCUCCCUAACUUCGUCAAGAUGCUGGAAUCGAUCACCAAUGAAAUGUCACUUUUCAGCAAGACCCAAGGCCAGCAGGUAUCCAGCAUCAAAGAUCUUCCAGACACGCCGGUUGACUUGGUGAUCAACUGCUUGGAUUGCCAUGAAAAUGCCUUUCUGCGGGACCAGCCUUGGUACAAGGCUGCGGUGGACUGGGCCAACCAGAACCGAGCCCCCGUCCUCAGCAUCGACCCCCCCAUGCACGAGGCAGAGCAAGGAGUUGACGCCAAGUGGUCCCUGGCCCUGGCCCUGCCCCUGCCACUGGGCGAGAGGGCUGGGCGGGUGUUCCUGUGCGACAUUGGCAUCCCGCAGAAAGUCUUCCAGGAGGUGGGGAUCAACUACCACUCGCCGUUCGGUUGCAAGUUUGUCAUCCCUCUGCACUCAACCUAAAUUGGAGGAAGGGGCCUCUUUGUCCUCUUGGCCCUGGAGAGGAAGAUGGGGCAGAAUCGCCUCCAACCGUACAACAGAUCCUGACCAUAAUAAACUCUGACGCCUUAAGGAUGUUAACGUUCUGGGCUGUGUUUCUUCUUCCAGGAGAAACAUCAGUAUUACAGAGAACCAAGAGGAUCCCUGUUCCUCUGAGCCUUUGCUCUCAUGCCAUUGCAUGAAGGAGCGUAAGAUCGCUGGUGCUUCCAUCGGCUGAGCACGAUGGUGGUGGGAGUCCUGGGGUGAAGGCGUGGCUUACAUGUGCAAGUGCACACACACACCCCGCCUGUUUGAACGGGUAGCAGACAUUGGAGGUUUGCAUUUUUUAAGCAUUUUUUUCAGGACCGAUGGGAAGGGUUUCUGCCCCUUUCCCUUGACGAUCAUGUGGGAACAACGGCUGGUCUGCAGUGCCCUUUUUGUGCAGCUAUUGCCCCGUCGCUCUCAAUGCACACCCAAAGCUUCUUGGGACCUUCAGUUGCCUUGAGAGCUGGUGCCAGGCUCCUGCUUUCCCUGCUGGCUGCUUGGAGUUCCUGGAUCAGCACUGGCAUUUCUGUCCCACUGUUUCCCGUUUUGCUUUUUGAGAGGAGACCCGAGUGCGGCUUGAAGGAGAGAUUGAGGAAGCAGGCUUAAUGGUGCUGAGACUUCUGUCUCCCCAGAAGUAAGUGUCCUGCCAUUAUACUAGUAGAUUCCA